AUAUAAAUACACAUAUAGCGGAACUGGAUACAUUUCGGCGCUUUGUGGUGAGUGGGAAGAAAAAUUCGGCGCACUUCGAUGCAUGAAGUGCAGUUGUUCAGUUACCCAGAUCAUCACGUAUUUUUGCAAAGGAGACGAUACAGCUGAGAGGCAUGCUUACCAGAGUGUGCAACUAGCACGAGUGUGAUUUCAGUGAUGGAAGAGGCUCCUUGGGGAACUUUCCAGGAUGAACUUGACUGGUGUAUCCAGCAGCUGCAGACAGACCUAUUGACGGACAACACCAACCCACACGAAGUGGAGGAGAGGGAAAGGGUGCUCAAUUUCCUGCAGUCACAGGGGGCCCCCUCUGUGAGGAAGAGGCAGGUGAUGCAGAUGAUAUUUGGGGACUAUAGGCAAAGAAUGACAGAGGAACAAAAGCCACAGGAGGAGACAGUAGGGCCUGAGAUGCAGGGUGGUGUAGCAGACAGGGAAGCACUGUUUCACAGGAGCAGGGAGGAAAGAUUUGCCUGGAUCCCAAGCAACAACUCCUUCACCUUCAACUUCUUCCCAGAUGGCAUACCGGUGUAUACCUGUACUCCCACCCAGGAGACAAGACCGUCAGGCACUGUACCCCUGACUGGAGAGGGAUCUGGCUUUGCCUUCAACUUUCAGAUCCCUGAAGAGCGACCUAUAGAGACAAAGCCUGAAUCCACAGACUCCAUCGGGCCUAAUGCUGCUGCAGACGACAGGGGAGCUGACAGGGACGGUAGCUCUGGAAAUCAGCAGGACUCCAAGCAGAGCUCACUGCCUCCCCCUUCUAAAAGCAAGAAAAAGAAAAAAAACAACAAAAAGAAACACACUGCAGAGGGAGCUGAAGACCAAAAGAAGCAAUCGGCAGAAUCUCAUGGCGCGGCAGCCAGUCACACUGGGGAGACUGUGCUGCUGUCAGCAGAGCAGCAGUUGGUCAGAGAGUUGGACUGGUGUGUGGAACAGCUGGAACUGGGCUUGAGGACCCAGAAGUCUUCUCCUAAACAGAUGGAAGAGGCAUCUCGUGCACUGAAGACUUUGAGGAGUAACAAGGCCCCCCUGGUGAAGAAGCGACAGGUGAUGAGGGCCAUGUUUGGUGACUACAGGAAGAAGAUGGAAGAGGACAAAGCCAAACAGGUUAAACUAAUUCACGCAGCUGUAAAGUCAGCCCGAGUCACAGCUGUGUUGGAGCCAGCCAAGAAGCCGGUUUUUCACAGGAGAGCAGAGUGCAGAACACCGACCCAGCCACAAAAGUCAGAUGCCCAGAGCCAGGAACCUGGCCCUAUUAGUGAGAGCUUUGUCUUUGUCCCAACACAAGAGGAGUUCUGUUUCAAUUUCUUCUGAUCUGUUUCUUGUGUGUGAUUGUGGGCAGGCCUGGUCAGACCAACAAAAGGGAUUUUCUCACCUUUGGUCUGGAUUGGCUGCAUCAGUAGCAUUUAUUCAUGUAAAAACUGCCACAAUUCUGUCCUGAUCAGGCUAACCAGAAAAUGUGCAUUAAGGGUCACUGAUAGCUGUUUAAUAGUAAUUACUUGAAUGAUUACUAACACAGCUAAAACACGUUCCUGGGCACAGUGCUUGAAAAUAUAUAUGAUGCUUUAUACUGCUGCCAGUCUUAAAGUUGAGGUAUGACAUGGUUGGCAUUGUAUAAAUGCUGAAACUUCUGUUUAGAAUUGUAAUUGUUAUUUGAAGGUAUAUUUUGUAAACUUAGUACAAGUAUAUUUAGUGGAAUUCUGAAAUAAGAAAUUCAAUUGAAUGAUUAUGAUCCAAGAAAAUGUAUGAUUUAUUUAACUGCUGACAUUUGUCAGUGUCCCUCCAGGAUUACCACUAUUAAAAUAUUAAAAUAUU